CAAUAAGCUGUUGGGCUGGCACGGGCUGGUUGGUCGGUUGGUUGAGGGGUAGCCAUGGCUCGACUCGCUGCGCUGCUGCUGUUACCGGUUCUUAUUGAAUCCGUGUUUUCCAUUUCGUUCUUUUUACCGGUCAACUCAAGAAAGUGUUUACGGGAGGAGAUCCACAAAGACGUCCUCGUCACGGGGGAGUAUGACAUAACUGAGCAGGCGAACACCAAAACUAAUCUGAAGAUCACAGAUUCCUCCAGUCACACUCUUUACUCCAAGGAAGAUGCGGUAAAAGGAAAGUUUGCCUUCACCACCGAGGACUAUGACAUGUUUGAGGUGUGCUUUGAAAGCAAAUCGCCCUCGGGAACUGGAAGAGUGCCUGACCAGCUGGUCAAUCUGGACAUGAAGCAUGGUGUGGAGGCCAAAAACUAUGAAGAGAUUGCCAAGGUGGAGAAGCUGAAGCCCCUUGAGGUUGAGCUGAGGCGACUGGAGGACUUGUCGGAGUCCAUUGUCAACGACUUUGCUUACAUGAAGAAGAGAGAGGAGGAGAUGCGGGACACAAACGAGUCCACCAACACACGUGUGCUGUACUUCAGCAUAUUCUCCAUGUGCUGUCUCAUUGGGCUGGCCACAUGGCAGGUCUUCUACCUGCGGCGCUUCUUCAAGGCAAAGAAGCUGAUCGAGUAGAGCAGCCCACAUAGCUCCUUACCUCCGGGGAAGCUACUCGCCGGUCAGCCAAUACAUCCAACAUCCACACUCCUUGGACUAGCUUCAGCAAACAACAACAAGUGGGGUUGAGGGGCUCAAAUUCUAGUUUUCACGGCUGCGAGAGAGUACCAAGGUUGUCCUCAGAAAAAAAAAAGAUUCACCUGCUUAUUUAGGGGGUUUGAAACAUGAAAAGCGCUGUAGGGAGAAAUGCACUGCGAGACAUGGGAGAGGCAUAUGUUGCUGAAUUUGUGAGAUAUGUUUAGUUUCCAUGGUGCUUCACGUUUCUGUCUGCACCGUUUUGAGUGUUGCAGCUCGCUGAAUAAGAACUUGUCCCUUCAAUCUGUUGAACAGUGAUGUUUGAUUUUGAGCUCAGUUUGAAUGGAUGUGCCACGAGCGAAUGUCUUUUGCCCCUCUGUUGAUGUACACAUUCUUUGCCAUGCCAAGCAGACCAGACCAGGCACCCUAUUUGAUCAAGUGAAGGCUGUUUUUGAAAAAGUGGUUUGUUGUUACUUUGUUGAGAAACUUGGCAACCACUGAACUUCUGUGUUAUGACACUUAAUUUUCAUGUUUGGUAGCUAAAUUUAACAGUGUCUUUAGUUUGUUUUCUUAUUGUAAAUGCUACUUAGUUGCUUCUACAGCUACAUAUUUUUGGGGGGUUGUGCGUUGUCAGAGUGAUAAUCUCUUUGUUAUAAAUUAGGUCACUUCUAUUAGCUCUCGCUUGUUCUAUUUUUGUUUUGGGAAAAUCUCAACAUUAAUUUGUCACCAGUCAAGAGUAGUCAGAAACCAAAAACCUUGUUCUUCAGAGGGAAUUUGCAGUACCUUAUUGUGUCAUCUCCUGAUUUCCAUGACGUCUGUUUGUGCAAGUUUUUUUUUUCUUGCCAGGCUGCAGUGUAUGGAGAUUUUGACGGGAAAUGUAAAGCAGGCUUUCCACAAAAAUCUUCAGUUAAUCACGCACCUCUUUUCUUCACACUGGUAAAUUUAUAUUUCAAAAUAUAACUUCCAAAUUACAGGACCUGCAGAUCCAUCCAGCGCGUUUCUGUCUGUCACAAACACCUUUGAGGCUUGGGUUACAUGAGAAUGUGGGUUGUUGCAGAUAUUAAAUUGUUUGACGAGGAUUAAUUGAGGCAUCUGUAAUGGGUACAUUUUUAACGAUGAACAUGCGCAUUGUGCGCAGUCAAUGAUUUUUAUUUUAACUGAUAAAUUUUGUAAAUUUAUGUUGGGCUUUUAUUCAAUAAAAUAUUGGAUGAAUUUA